AUCAGUAACUAUCACAUUAAAAAUCAAAAAGCUUCCAGAAACAGUGUAAAAAUAAAGAAAAUAUUAGAAAGCAAGUUCAUAGUGAAAAUAAUAUCUGCGCAAACAGUCCGUAUGAACUGCAGUCCUCAAUGUAGUGAAGCAAAAUCCAAAUCAGAAGCUUCCAGACUGCUGUGUCCAGGGGCGGACUGACCAUUUGGAAACUCGGGCACUGCCCGAGGGCCCGGGGUCAGUAGGGGGCCCCAUGAGAUGCCCCUGGUAUCUUUUUCAUAGGCUUUUUUGAGUUUGGGCAAGGACACAGGGGCCCCAUGAUCCCCUAUUGCCCGGGGACCCCAU